CCCCCGCGCCGCAGCACCCGCCCGAGGCGCUCGGCCCCUCGCCCGCUGGCCCUCCUCCGCCGGUGCAGCCCAAGCCAUGCUGCUCCUGGCCGCCGCCUUCAUCGUGGCCUUCGUCCUCCUCCUCUACAUGGUGUCGCCGCUUAUCAGCCCCAAGUCUCUGAAGCUGCCCGGCGCGCACGUCGUGGUUACUGGAGGCUCCAGUGGAAUUGGAAAAUGUAUUGCUAUUGAAUGCUAUAAGCAAGGUGCUUUCAUAACACUGAUUGCAAGGGAUGAGAACAAGCUGUUGCAGACGAAGAAGGAAAUCGAAAAGUACUCUGUUAAUGACAAGCAGGUUGUACUUUGUAUUUCGGUUGAUGUGUCUAAAGACUACGAACAGGUGGAGAAUGUUCUAAAACAGGCUCAGGAGAAGUUGGGGCCAGUUGACAUGCUUGUAAACUGUGCAGGAACGUCAGUUACAGGAAAAUUUGAGGAUAUUGAAGUGAAUUCUUUUGAAAGAUUAAUGGCAGUCAAUUACCUGGGUAGUGUUUACCCGAGCCGAGCAGUAAUCGCUACCAUGAAGGAACGCAGAAUGGGAAGGAUUGUAUUUGUAUCAUCUCAGGCUGGGCAAUUAGGCCUGUUUGGAUAUACAGCUUAUUCUCCAACAAAAUUUGCUCUUCGAGGGUUGGCUGAAGCCCUGCAAAUGGAGGUAAAACCUUACAAUGUCUACGUAACAGUGGCCUAUCCUCCAGAUACUGAUACUCCUGGCUUUGCAGAAGAAAGUAAAACAAAGCCCUUGGAGACAAAGCUGAUUUCUGAAACCUCGUCUGUCUGCCAAGCAGAACAAGUUGCCAGAGUUAUAGUGAAAGAUGCCAUACAAGGAAACUUCAACAGCUCAGUUGGAUCAGAUGGUUACAUGCUGUCAAUAUUGACAAGUGGAAUGUCACCAGUCACUUCUAUCACUGAAGGUCUUCAGCAGGUUGUUUGCAUGGGCAUUUUUCGCAUCAUUGGCCUAUUUUACCUAGGAAGUUUUGACAGCAUAGUUCGUCGCUGCAUGAUGCAAAGGGAAAAAUCUGAAAGUGCAGAUAAAACUGAAUAAUCUUUACUUUGAGUGGAAAGAAGAAUGUCAAGCGGUCCUGGACAGCUUGCUGCUUAAGUGGGACUCAGUUUUGCUCUUGAAGGAUUUAGGCUGGAAGUACUUUAAUGUGUGACAGAGGAGUCCCCUCAAAAGCUAUGAAAGAAAAAACAAAAGUACAAAUCCAGAAAAUGCCAAACUAUGCAAAAGUGUGAACGAGGAUUAGAUACCUUUUUUUUUUUUUGGUGAUUUGAGUUGGAAAGAGUUUGGAGAGCUUGUAAGUGAUCUGCAGAGUAGAAUUGGAGAAUGGGCUAUGUGUGGUAAUUCUGGACAAAUACUUAAGUUUUCUCACUUUGGUGCUUAUGGAUGAAAUAAGUACCAUGACAGACUGGUCUGAAGUAGAUUGAAGUCCCCUGAACAAGUUGGUACCUUUUGCUAACAUUUUGGGACUACUUUUGAUUCAGAAUGUUAACUUUUCCUUUGGCCAAUCUACAGAUCCUUCUGUCAAUGACAGCUUUCUUUAUUCUGUCCAACACACGACUGUGGAAACCUGAAGAUCGCAAAUGUGUUUGUAUGAUCCAAGCUUUCUCGGUGUGGGAGUAAUUAAAAAGUAUGGUUUAAUACAUGCAUACUUUCUAAAGGGAGAUGAAGAACCCGUUCCCACAGAGAAAUGCUGGGAGAUGUGAUUGGGUCUGUAGCUCUUCUGGCCUUUGAAGUAUGUUGUGAACAAAAAAAAAAAAAAAAAUCAAACCAGUUUCAAGUGUGUCAUUUAUGACUCAGCAUUUUAAGCCAUUGAAACAAUGUACAAUUUUUACAGAUACUUAAUCUGCCAGUUUUUGCUCUGGAAAGGAAAAGGUGGCUUAAUGCUACUGUUAUGCACAUUAAUUUCAAAGCUGCAAAUGAUGAGCCAAACCAGUAGUUGAUGGUAGAAUCAAUUGUCAUUAAAAUGCCGGGCUCUUCCAGUAGCAGGAAUGUAGCUUUUUAGGGCAGAGGGGUCAGGAGCGGGGAGAGGUGUGUGUCAGAAUGGCCUUCCACACUGCAUUUUGUCACUGCAUGGAAAAGCUUUCACAUGAGAAAUUACAUAAAAUACUCUCCUUAUAUGACCCACUUCUAAUUUGUUUCAUUUACAUUAUAUGAAACAAGGCUGCUCAAUAACUGCUUCAGAAUACACAGAACCCAGUGGUUGUUUCUAAUAAAUCUCGUUUAACACUGAAAAAGCUUGAUGCAUAACAAUGAUGUUUUAACGGUGCACUAUGUAUACAGUUUAUUUAAUGGACCACUAUAGUAAGUGCCUUGUGAGCUGCUUUUUUUUUCAAAAGCUGCGUAUUUUGUAUUUGUUAGCACUGCUGUGUUUUCAAUGUCAUAUUUCCAUUUCCAUUCAGUACUCUGAACCUAAAAUUAUGUGUAAAACUGGGCACUUUCACUUCUUUGAAAGUAAUAUUUAACAACCAAAAUAGGCAAAAUAGAUUGCUUUUGUAAAGAGAUUCUCUAUAUCUGUUAAUGAAGAGGUAUUUAAUUAAACUGAGAUUAAAAAAAAGAAUAGGUGGUUAACUGGAAAACCUUAGAAUGUAAUUUAUUGAGGCUGUUUUUUCCCUCUCUGAAUUAGAUUGAUCACUUUUCAAAUUUUCUUCACAUAGACUAAACUUGCUUUAAUACCUGGUUAUAAAUGUAUUUUUUGGAGAGGAUCACAUUGGUACUCUCAUUUUAAGUGGUGAAAAUUUGUUAGAUCACAAAUAUUGAGGCACUGUUGAAUUCUUCACAAAGCCUGUGAUUUAGGUCCUGCCUCCUGAUUUUGUUUAGAUAUGUGAAGUUGUGCAUGCCUAUGAUAUAUUACUAAUUUUGAGAAUAUAGUGUAUUCCUACAUUUUUAAACAGCUUAGCUUCAGUGCAAAGAAAUCUAGUGUGCAUUUGUAUUUCCUGUGCUGCUUAAUGUGAAUGACAUAAAGGAGCAUUUAUCAUAACACUCAUUGUCACCAUUGCUUAAUUGUUUCUUAAAGCAACGUAACAAUGCUAUUCCUAGAAUCAUGGAAUGGUCUGGGUUGGAAGACACCUUAAAGAUCAUCUCAUUCAAACCCCCCUGCCAUUGGCAGGGACACCUUCCACUAGACCAGGUUGCUCAAAGCUCCAUCGAGCCUGGCCUUGGAACACUUCUUCAGACCCUAUGAUUUAUGUUAUUCUUGUUUUGAUGCAAAUCAGAUACUCUUUUGACCACCUGGAAAAGAUACCAAAAUGGGUGAAUUGGUUGUGUUGUAGUUUGAAAGAAACAAUUAUGUAAAUUACUUGAUCCCAGCCCAAGCUUGAAGGUCAGGACUUCAAACCAGUAAGCUUUUGGAUACUUCAAUUUUUAGAUUCUCAGCUUGGAAUGUUAAAGGGUUUGUGUUUAAAAAACGUGAACCGGAAGGUCAGAGCACACAACACUAUGGCAGCUGGGGCUAUAAAGCUUUUAGGUUGGACAUCUUGGAUCACCACUUACCUCCCAGUAUUGACUGAUAGAAUUCAAUGCAAGUGUCUGGAUAAGUAAGACUGCCAGGUGAAAGUUAUGGCCCUGAUCUACAGACACUUCAGUUUUGCAGACCUGAUUUUGCAUAGUGUAAGUGAAUGUAUUGACAGUGACACUGUAGGUUGAACCCCUUGGCAAAUGUGGAGAUUGGAACAAGGUAUGUUUUUUAAAGCAAGAAAAAUAAUCUUUUUCAUUGUUCUAGUUUCUGCUGUUGCAAGUUAAUGAUGUUAAUUUUAGCUGAUAAACUUCUCAACUGUUUUACCGUCAAAACAAAGUAAAUUGUCAACUACAGCAACCUUUGGUGUAAAUUUUGUUUUCUUAUGCACAUUCUCUGUCUACCGAUGUACUCAUUUUAAGGUCCAAUAUAAAGUGAAGGAGACGCCUUGUAAUCUUGUGGAAAAAUAUUUAGCAGUUGAAAAACUCUUGCCAGUUUAAAUGUUACAAAACCUCUGCAUCAAAAUGUUUUAGCAGUGUAUUAGAUCCGUGAAGAUCUUCAAAUAGGCUUUAUUUUCUACUUCUUGUCUAAUUGUCAUUAAUUUAAUCACUUGUGCCAUAUCAGUUGGUGUCUUGUCUCUUAUUUUCUUGGUCAGCCUGUAAGGUUCAAUUUAGGCUUUUAUAGUCUUUUCCAUUCCAUGUAGUUUCUAAUGACUGUUUGCUUUAUAUACAGAUUUGUUAUAAUUUUACUUCUAGUUUACUUCACCAAGGUGUUCACGUGCAAUUUAAAUAGAUUUAAUAUUUUAAUAAGGAAGAAAUAUAUAGGUGAAUAAAGUUUAUUUGCUGUGAAAAACUCUAGGCACUUUUAAAUGGUAAAGAUAUAUAGCGUUAUUUGUAAAAAGAAACUUUGUGCUUAUUGCGUCAUCAUUUUUUGUGCCAGAAUUGUAAACUAGUUUUCAUAUUUUAUAUUUCUCAAAAUAAAUGGAGAAUCGACAAAGCCUGUAACUCUUAACUUUUUUGAGAGGAUAAAGGGCAAUGGAUAAAAUCAUUUGCAGAGCUUUGGUGUGUUGGGGUUUUUUUGUUUUGGGUUGUUUUUUUUUUUUUAGCCUGAGAUUAGCUAGCAGGAGUCUCUUAACUUUUAGGACAGCAGAGGGGGCAACAUGUCUUUCCAUUUUUGCAGCUUAGGGCAGAGGUAAAAAAAAGGAUGUUAAAAAUUCGACUGAUUAUUCAGCAGACCCAGUAUCAUCAGAAUAUAAUGAAAGUGAGAUUAAAUUGACAAACCCUGCCUUUGUUGCUGGAGGUACUGCCAGUGUGCAGCCAGUGCUUGUGCUCUCUGGAAGUGCUUGAGAAUCCUGAGGAGCCAAGCAAUGCUCAUUCUUCCUAGUGGAAAACAAUAGAAGUAAUAGUUAGGGCAGAUGUCUUUCUGUACCAGCACUGAGCAUGCAGCUGUAUAGAAAAUCACUGUAUUAUGUUGGAGCUCUGUGACGGGAAGGGCUUGAGUGUGUAGCUUGCCCCCAGCAUAAUAGUGAGGGAAAAAUAGUGACAAGAUACUUAUUCUCAAAGUAAAUUCAAAAUCUCAAAUGUUCAAUCUUUUAAAAAGACAUUUGUAUUAAAUUAUCAGAGAGACAAAAUCAAAGAUGGAUUGAGGAAAGUAUAUGCUGUAUAAAAUGUGUUGUUGAUGUUAAUCUUUUAAUUCCCCAACACUGAGUUUUGAAAUGGGAGAAUGCCAUUUUGCAACUGGAGCUCCUGCUUUUUCCACUUCAGUACAAGUAGCAGACCAAACUAGAUUUCUCCUCAAUCUUUUUCGUAAUUUAACCUUGUAAGUGAACUAAGAUUCUCUUGUAGUUCAUUUAAUUGGUUUUCUUUCCUGUCCAGCCAGUACCAGGCACGCUGUAGAGUAGGUGUGUGCAUGAUUGCCUGUCAAAAGCUGGUAGCAAAAACCUUAUGAAGUAAUUUCCUUUCCUCUGUCACUGGAGGGGGACUUCAAAUGAGGUGUCUGUCUUGCCAUGCCUCUCAUCCUCUCUUUUACUACUUUCAACCUAAGUUGCUCUAAAUUGGUGGGAAAGGUCGAGCGUGGGUGAUGGUCUGCGGUGGAGGGAGAUAAUGCUGGUAAGCUUUUGGAUGAAACUUGCACUGAAGGAAGUGGAAAGUGCAAAUACUUUUUUUUUUUUUUAACCCAAAAGAUGCAUAUCUAAUUUUUGGAGGGGGGGAUGGGGUAGAAUCUAAUUUGAUGUGGGAGAUUAAUUUCAUAGAAUUAAUUGGGAAGGUUUGCUGCUUGGGAAAACCUUGAUGAAUAUAAUACUAAGUCUCGUCUGUGGUAGAAUACUGCCAAUCCAGUCUGAAAUUUCUUUAAGUUGAAAACAAGUUUGUUUUCAGCUUGGAGGGGAAUCCCCAUGUAAAUUUUAAACCUUUCCAGUUCUAAUUCUGAAGUUGAUUCUGUAGUCAUGCUGCUAGAGCAAUGUAAAUAAAUGUAACAGGUGAGAACAAAACGUACAUGACUAACACAAUCAUGCUUCCAAGCACCAAGAAUCAACUCCCUUGACCAAAAAAAGGUGUUAAAUCUGUAAAGAUAUCAACUAUAAAUAAUGUAUAUAAAAUUAAGUCUAAAAUUGAAUUUUUAAUGUCAUAGGUUACUUGUAGCUGAGGGGAACAGCCUUUUCAAAGCUAACAGGUGCUUCAAAGAAAGUUGUUAAACAUUUACUCAAAAAUGUGCUUUCUCCCUUUUUACUUUAAGAAAUUUUAACAGGUGUAAUAAAAAUGUAUGAAUCAGA